GCGCGCGGCUGUUUUCUGUUUUGUCAGAGUUGAGACUCCGCCGAGGCGCCAUUUUCCCUCCGACCCACUCUCUCUCUCUCACCGCGCCGGAGAGAGACACCCGCACCGCGCCGCGCUCCGCUCAGGCCCACAAACCGCCGCCUGUCCCCGGGAGCAGCCGCUGGGAGCCGCGCAGAGAGGCGGAGCAGCACCGAGUGCGGGCUCCGGGCCCGGGGCCGCCGCGCUUCCCGCCGCCGCGCUGCCUUUGUGUGAUUUCGCUUCUUCGCCCAUUUCGUGACUCCCAGACGGAGCGGAUUUACCGGAGCGGGAUUCGACCUGCUGCCCUCCCGCUCCCAGCUCUCCGUGCCCCCUGAGGAUCCCCGCAGCACCCCGGAGCCCCGGGCCCCGCGCUCAUUACCGCUAAUAACGGAGAGAAUUAAACAAAUACCCAACCUGGAGUGGGAUUACUGACCCCCCUCCCCCCGCCGGAUCACGUGAUCUUUGAAAACUGCUCAUUUGCUGGAACCCGAAUUGGGACUGUGCAUCUUCAGACAGUGGUCCAUCCAACAUUACUCCAGACUGGUUGGAACUUUAGAUACUGUUUAUUUGCAGGUUGUCCUGUGGCGUGACGGUAGGUGGGUGGUGUGGCUCUGGCCUCGGCCCCCUCGCGCCGCUGAAUGGCUGCGAUGGCGCCCGCGCUGACCGACACGCCGGCCGACACUCACCGAAUCUGCCUCAAACUGGCUCCGUCCUCUUCCGCUAUCAACCCGAGUGCCGUGGAGGAAAACGGCGCCACCGGCCGCGUCCUCGUCCCCACAAACGGCACCGUCAAACGCAAAACUUCAUCCGACAAAGAGGAUCAUCUGUCCUGCGCGGCCGGACCCUUCGACAAGGAGGAAUCGGGUCGCGAUUUGGGCAAAAUCCAGCCGUUCGUGACCUCCUACCGCUGCUCGGAUGAAACCCUGAAGCUGCAGAACGUCUUCGAUAUCCUGCCUGGCUUCUUACAGCGCAAACAUCACACCCUGGAGCUUUCAGAGGAGCAGCUGAAGAGCAUCAUGAGUGCGGGCAGUGCGAGUAGUCUGCCUUCCCUACAGCAGAGCGUUAACGGCAUGGCGAGGAAAUUUACAAAAGCGAGCAAAGACUCCAACAGUGUAACCAUGAACGGAGGCAAGCACGGACAGGCAGCACUUCCUCUUGCUCAUGGGGGGCCGACAGGAAAUGGCCCCGUUAGAGAUUCCGCAGAGCAUCAUCAGUGCCCGAGAGGCGGCCCACGGGACCGUCUGAACAACGGGGACGUCCUCGAGUCCCCUGUACCCUUUUGCGCACCUUCACAAGAGCAAAAUGUUUCGGACAGGCUUAGCGCGGAUGUUUCGCUGCCUUCCGCGCUUCACCCGCUGGGCAGCCUGGGAGGAGACCUGCACCAUCGGUCGCAGCAGGUCACGAGCCGUCAGCUGGAGAUCGAGGGUCGUCUGCGGCGCCUGCGCAAGCGGCUGCAGGUGGUGCAGGCGAAGCAGGUGGAACGUCACGUGCAGCAGCAGCUUGGUGGAUUAAUUGACAGUACGCUGGGGUCUCGGGAUUCCCCCCGGCUCCAUCAGGAGAGAGCAGAAGCCAGUCGUUUCCUGAGGGCCGGAUCAGCGCCGGCUGAACUGGAGCGACUCUCGCUGAGCUGCAGCACCAACCUGCGAGCAGCGGAAAGUGCCUUCGAUUCGGACGCAACCGAGAGCAGCUCCGGAGGAGAAACGGACGUGGAAGAAGACGAGCUGGCUCGGGCGGACGUCGAGCAGCGCCACGUUUCUCUGUGGAGGAGAGCUGAGGGUCGUUAUGCAGUGGAACGCUCCUCGAUCAUCAGUCACUGGAACUGGCUGCAGGCUCAUGUCUCUGACCUGGAGUACCGCAUCCGCCAACACACCGACAUCUACCGUCACCUCCGUGCCAGCAAGGGUGCCGUGGUGCUGGGUGAGACCUCAGUUUGUGAGACAGCAACAGAGAACAGCAGCAGCAUGUUGAGGACGGAGAGUCUCACCUGUCCACAGGUGCCUGAUGCUGAUGUCACAAACGGCUCUGUGUCAACCCGCGGCGUCUCCAUGGAGACGAACCUGAGGAAGAGUUACUCGUCUGUCCGACACGUUAACGGGGUCAUAAACAGUCUGCGUUGCGGUUCUCCAGCCGUCUCCGAGGCGGAGCAGCAGAGGCUGAGUGCUACAGACCCGAGCUGUACAGCAGCACGAACUCGACCGCUUCUGUCCUGCAGGAGGAGACGCCUGAUCCGACCCUGCACACUGCCUCACCUCAACAACAAGGCACAGACGGGCCGAUGGUGUGGCUGUGAUGUCAGCAGUCAGUGUGUGAUGUGCUGUGUUCGUCCUGCAGCUCCGUCACACACUCCGGUUCAGCGCCCCCUGCUGGACAGACUGGCUCAGCUCGACCCCUGUGUCCACCCUGUCCUCUCCUUCACCGACGAUGUUGGAAUGGGUCUGCACUUGCAGCGUGUGAUGAAGUGUCACUGGCAGGGCCGGCCGCUGGAUAAGAUCAAACCCAUCAAGAAGCUCUCGCUCAAGCACUCAAAGUUCUCUCCGAGCGGCCGUCUCAUCGAUCCCUCAUCAUCGUCAUCAUGCUCUAAAGACAAGCUCAAGCUGACCAGCUCACUCCUCUCCACAGUCCGUUUUUCCCAUCACAGAAUGAGAUCGGAGAAGCUGUAUCAUCACCAGCAGAGUGACGGCGAGUCUCGUCAGCUGUACAGAGCAGAGCGCAGUCACACGCGCAAGAGAGCCCGAGAGCACUCACUGGAGCGCGACAAUGUCAGUAAGGUGUAUAUGGAGGUGGCGAGUCCAAGUUCCUCUCUGACCACGCCCACUCUCAGUCCUAUAGUGAGACAGUUGUCGUCCUCUGAGAGUCCAACACCCUGCAGUCUCACCACAACACCGCAGGCACAGCGUAAGAGGAGAGUGGAGAGCUCGUUUGACAUCAACAACAUCGUCAUCCCCAUGUCUGUGGCGGCGACCACCCGAGUGGAGAAACUGCAGUACAAAGAGAUCCUCACGCCCAGUUGGAGAGAAGUGAAUGUCAUGGCCAAUCACAUUUCUGAGGAGGAUGAUGCAGUGGAAAUUGAAGAUUUAUCAGAUGCAGCGUUUUCUCAGCUUCACCUCCUGUAUGAAGAGCAGGAACGUUCUCGCUGGAGUUGGACAUCCAGUUCUGUUGCCAAGAGGCGGGGAAGCCGGUCGUAUAAGUCAGUGGACGGACGCAGCACUCCCCUGCUGGGUGGAACAAAUCCCUCCACACCUCAGCCUUCGUCUCCCGACCCGUCUCACUUCCCUCUGCUGCAGGAUUACAGCUCGGCCCCUUCGCCGUCGCCCUCCAGCCCUGCCAGCCCUGAGCUGCUUGCGUUCUCUCACACACACACACCAGCCUCCAGAGACUCGCACCGGCUCCUGUCCAAUGAGGACACGCGCUGCUCCACACCCGACACCAGCUACGACGAAACGCCUGUGCAGCCGUGGGAGCGCCGUACGUUCCCCCUGGACGCAGAUCCGACUCAGGAUCAUGAGCAGCACAUGAGUCCCGGCGGCGAGCGCACGUAUCGAACCGCCAGGCGAAUCUCCGGCUGCAGGAGCGGCUCCAGGUCCGAGUGCGAGGGCGAGCCUCCGUCACCACUGGCUGAAGACACGGGACGGCACAGGAGCAACUCGCAGAGACACACGCACUGCUGAAACGUCCUGUACAGACUCGUCUCGCUCACUCACACGCGCGCGUGCACCCCUCCAGCUCCAGCGCCGUACAGAGCAGUUAAACCUCCUGCUGUUUGAUAUUCAAACAUCACUUAAUUCUUUCACGGUUUUCAGUGAAUUCGGCGAGUUGAAGAUUGGAAACCAGUCGAGACGAUGGCGGCGUCUUUUGUUCUUUGUUUGGGGUUUUUGUUGUUGUUGUUGUUCAUAUUUGGGUCACUGGAAAUGAAACGUUAAGAGGGUAAAGCAGGAAACCAAAACUCUGUCGUGUCCUAAAUCGCUCGUGCACUUGCUUUGCGUUGGAACGGACUGAAGAGAUCGCAAACCAGCGGGUUGACCACAGGCUCCCUGUUAUACUGAUUUUAGGUACAACCCAAACACGCGCACAAACAUAUGACCAUCAGGCAUGUCCUUAUUAUUCUAAUUAUUAUUAUUAUUAUUGUUAUUGUUAUCAUUUAUUAUUUUUGUUCAUUCGCAGUGUCUUUUAAUAUCCGGGGCCAGCUUUAACUGAAAUCUCUGACUAAUCAGCUUCCUGUUUGUUCGCUCGCUCGUGUGUAUUUAAUUGGCCUUUUAUAUACCGUGUGAAAGAGCCCCGUCUCUGUCAGGUUGAGUCGAAAGUAGCAGGUUGCGCUUUUAAUAAUCAUAUCCGUUCAUAUACAUGUAGGAUGAGCUGAGUGUAAAGUGGUUUUUUUUUUUUUUUUUUGGUAAAAACUGAUCAUGGAUCAGCGCUCUGAGGUGUUACUUACGUAACUCGUAUACGAUGCAUUUCUUUACGAAUCGAUUGAGCACUUAAUUUGAGUUGCGUUUGUUUAAUCCUGCUGCCUGAAUGCUUGAAAUGAGGAAUCCCCUUAACGCAGGAGAACGUUUAUCAGCUCGAGCUCUGUAUUUGCACUCUGAUGCUCAGCACUGUUCCGUUCUCUGCCCAUCAUUCCAUCACAGCUGCGUUGCGUUGUGUUCCUGCGGCACUCGUGUGUCGAAACAGCAGCUCAUUUCUCAACUCAAAACUUUGAGUGAGUCGACCCUGAUCUGAGGGUUCCGUCCCUCCGUUUCCUUUCACAGGAGGUGAUUAUACAGAGUGAGGCAGGAUUACAGGAUCGUCAUCCCAAUAAAGAUUUCAUACGUUAUGAUCAUGCACCCCUCCUCCCUUCCCCGUUAAUCAUGAUCAGACGUUGUGGACUUUGGAACCAUGAAGAAGCCAUGGCCUAAUGGUUAGAGAAGCAGCUUUGCAACCAAAAGGUUGCCGGUUUGAUUCCCUGGACCAGCAGGAAUGGCUCAACUGCGUCUGCUGAAUGCCGCGAGCAGUCCUGGUUCCGAGUCCUGAUCAAAUCUCGACUCUUCAUGGCGGGUUGGCUGCAGUUACAAAUCGCAGCUUGGUUUGCUUUGAACUCUUAACAGUUCAUGGUUUUUUGAGGGGCGUGGCCAAGAGAAACCAGGGGGCGGGACUAAAACUUGAAUAGUGCACAAGAUGUCUGCAGGUGUGAGACAGAUCCACAUGAGAAGUGACACAUGGAUGUGCAGUUAAUAUUGGGUCUAAUCUGAUCAGUGGAGGGUUAAAAGCUCCACACCAGCUUUCUCUGUGUUCAUUUUGCAAACUCGAGCCACACUGUUGUUUAUUUCCCUGCCCUGCGUCUCAUUUCCCUCUCAGCCGAGUUCAGGCUUUGGGUUUUUUCAGCUCUGUCUCCCCCUGACGUCUGAGGAUCUGCCGUUUAAAUGCACAACACCCUCAUACCUUCGCCUUUCUCACGUUCUUGCCUCAUUUCUGCUUAUUUCUCUUUGUCGAUCCACUGGAUGGUCUGUAGUUCCAUUUGUUACGCCAUGAGAGUAUUUUGCGCUCGGAUCUGUGUCUACAUGUUAUUAUGCACUCGUGUUACCCAUCACAUCACCUGUGUGUGUGAGAGAGAGAUAUGUAUGGUGUUUUAAGAAAAAAAAAACCCACACACCAUGAAGACAGACUAUCCGCUCCUGUCCCGUUUUCUCCGUUCUCGUCCCUUGGUUAAUAAACUCCACUCCUGGAUGGCGAUGGUGUGCUCAGCGUGUUCGUACCCCUUGAUUAGUGCCGAUCAGGCAGGAGCCAAUGUCCUCCUGUGAGACGUUAUUUCCUAUGUUCAGUUUCCAACCUGGUGAAUUUAGGGAGGAAAGGGAGGGGUUUGUGUGGGAGGAGUCUGGUGUAUCAUUUAGCAUGUAAUAGUUUGUAUUAUAAAAAAAAAGUAUAUUUUGUAAAUACAUUAUUUGAUUCUUUACCGUGUUUGAUUUCUGAGGCUGUAGCUGUCCUGAUUGUAUAGCGAGAAAACGCAUACAUGGGGAAAAAAAAACAUAUUUAACAACUUUCUUUACGGAAAUAAAGGUGUAUGGAUCAUUUGGCCAAUCUGACAGCGUUUGUGCUUCUCCAAAUUAAAAGUGAAUUAUAUUGUA